AUGAGUACCCUAGAGACCGACAAUUCGGUCAAGGUAAAAAAGGUCGAGCUCCUACCUCCUAGAACUACAAACGCCAACAAUGAGGUUUACUAUGACAAUAACGAAUUCGCAGAUGAGAUUUAUUCGAUAGCCGAGCCACUUCAGGAAGCGCCGAACAUUCUCAACACCUCCGCGCCAUUGUCCAUGUUGUCUAACAGGGCCUCCAUGCAGCGUUAUCUCCAGAUCGUUCCCCACCUCUUUACGCUUUCUGAGAAGCACCUAUCUGAGCUUGAUGUGAUGGUGCGGGAGUAUGGCGAACUCGAAAUCAUUAUCGAAGAAGGACAACUACUGCAACACAUUUACGUGCUCGCCUCCGGCACCGUUGAAGUGAUGAACACCAAAAAGGGAAUCAAACGCGCUUUUGGGCAUCGUCGCGUUGGCAGCAUUACCGCUCCCAAUGUUUUUGGGAUCGACAAUGCUAUCCUCGAAAGCCCUGCGGAAUUUACUUACCACGUCAGCCUCAAGAGCACGUUGUUGUUAAUUCCCAAGGAAAAAUUCAUUGCGCUCUUUUCGCAGUCCCCCGUAUUUGCCAGCAGUGUUUCCAGUAGCAUCGUUCAAACCUUACCCGCUUUCACGAUUUUCAAGGACUUUUCGCGAUCGAUUUUUGGCUUGUCCUCCGCCUCUUUCCGAAAAAGCGAGACACACCAAGGGGAUGGAUACGUUCUUCCGCUGAAAACACUCGUGGGCCUUUAUAAACAAAGCGAGACGGUGCAGCACCGACGGAUUUACUCCAAGGAGAUCGAUGGCGAGGCCCUGUGCUAUUGUCUUCGCCGUCUCCCGAUGAACAUCACAAGCACGUACAUCAUCGUCCUCGCCUCGCUGCUGCCGAACUUUCUCUCCUACGAGUUUAUAGCGGACGUCACGGAGAAUAUGCGGACCGGGGUGGUGCCCAAUACCCUCACGGUCGAUACCGGUAGGCGCCGGCGCUGCGCCUGGACAUUCGCUGGUGGGGGACAAACACUCAUUAUGAUGCGCGACGGCUUUACCGAUCCCAUCGAUUUUGUAUCCACGCUGUGCAUGCUUAUUGUGGAGUCGCGAAAGAUCUGUAUGCGUCUGGAGCAGCUGGUCGCCCCUUCCGCGAUUGAGAUUCUGCGCGAGGAGUUGUCCCUGCAGAUGGCUGGAGGGGACUCGCUCCACGCUCUUGAACGGCUUCCUUUUUCCCCACGCGAGCGAGACGCGCUGAAACGUGCUUGGGGCUCUAACGUAGUGCUUGCCCUCUAUAAUGUUCUUCAGCACCGUGAGGAGUACGUGGUUUGCAUUGGACCAAACGUUUGCAGGCAAUUUUUACACGAUCCGUACACCACCUGGGGCCUCUCCAUUGUUUUGCAAAUUAAGAAAGCCUUGGGGCUGCCCGGAGACGCUAAUUUACCAACAGACAUUGUGGUGGAUAUCUUAUUCUCAUCUAAUCGGGUGCUCAAGAACUGCUUCUGUGCGAUGGGCCCUGAGCUGAAGAAAUUAGUGGCAAGUAAAAGUGCCACUGAUGGAGUAGAAGCCACGACCUCGCGUCCUAUCUCGUUUGGGGCGUGGAGAAACCCGACGGAUCGAUACUACUAUACCCUCACUACUCUUCUUGAAAAGGACGUGGCGCUGCGACGAUGCUAUCGUGCGAGCCUGGAGUCGAACGGCUUCACGAUAAUGGAAGACGUCGAUUCCUCCGCGCUCAUUGUAGAUUUGAUUGAUGUCCGAAAGAUCAACCUCGAGUAUGUGGACCCGGCUCUUAUUCCAUACGCAGAAACGGCAAUGAAGGAGGCAAAUUCGUCCAAACCCCACUUUAUCAUCAAUGUGGACAAGACUUUCGGUGCCCAAGUUGAGACCAUCUUGCGAUCGCUCUUGCUGAGUUUUGGCACUCGUAUCCGCAGCGUCAACCUCUUCGGCAAAGCAGCGGGGCUGCAAGGGAACCACGGUGACGUCGUAUUGCCCUCACAGCUUCUCUUUUCGAAGCGUUCCUUUGGUGAGGACUCUUGCGAUGAGAUUCGAAAUUGCAACCAAGCCAGCCUGGAAGUGGAGGACAUUGAGGCAUUUUUUGGCAAGUCCUCGCCCACGGUGAUUCAUCGUGGGGUCUGCGUAACUCUUCCAGGGUUCAUCUUACAAAACCUCCCGGCCAUCACGUUUUAUCGCGUGGUCCACGGCGCCACCACGUUCGAGAUGCAAAGUAGCUAUGUCGCACGCCAACUGGAAGAAUGCCACCGCACCGGUGUCCUGCCACAUGGUGUUACGAGUCGCUACCUUUUCUACAUGGACGACAUGCUUCUUGCAAAGAAGAAUUCUUCCUAUGUUAAGGCCCAACGAAGUGAAUUAUUAACCACUUUGUAUGCAUCCACGCGGGCUCUUUUAUCUCGCAUAUUGAUUUCAUAA